GUAUAAAAUGUAAAAAAAUAAAUAAAAAAUUAAAAAAAGGUAAAGGAAAGGACUCCAUAGGAGGAGCCAUAGAAGUAGUUCCAUAAGGUCGUCUUCUGACACCCCCACCAAAACAUUAGAAAACAAAACCAUUAAAAGAGAAGCCGAGGGCCUUUCUCUCACUCCCUCUUUGGUUCUGGUUCUGUGUAGUAAAAAGCGAAGGGUAUAACUCAAGAAUUUAAUAAGCUAGAACAGACUAGUUCUGGGUUUAGCUUUUCCCUGGUGCUCUCUUUUUUGCAUUUAAGAAAGAAAAGGGGAGUUCGAACAAGGCCUGAGAAGAGAGAACUUUUUCCAUGUGCAGUGGGUCAGAGAGGAAACCGACUUAUACUGGUUUCAUCAUGGAGAAUAAAUUUCAAAAGCAAGAUGGGUAUUGCUGUAAUCUCUCUGUUUUGCUCGAAUUCUCUGCCUCGAAUGAUCUGAUUGGGUUUAAGAGAGAAAUUGAAGGAGGCCGUGACGUUGAUGAGCCAGGCUUAUGGUAUGGGAGAAGAAUUGGCUCAAAAAACAUGGGGUUUGAGGAGAGGACACCCCUCAUGAUUGCUGCCUUACUUGGAAGCAAAGAUGUCUUGAAUUAUAUCUUGGAAAUGGGCCGUGUUGAUGUUAAUAGGUGUUGUGGGUCUGAUGGGGCCACAGCCCUUCACUGUGCUGUUGCAGGUGGCUCUGCAUCUUCUCUUGAGGUUGUCAAGCUCUUGCUUGCUGCCUCUGCUGAUCAUAAUGCUGUUGAUGCCAAUGGAAAUCAUGCUAUUGAUUUGCUUGUUCCAGUUGUUAAUUCUGGUUUUAAUUUGAGGAGAAAGGCACUAGAGCUUGUGCUAAAGGGUGGUUAUACUAGAGAUGAAUCUUGUGUUUUGGCUGAUCUGAAUCCUGAUGAAAUAGAUGGGCAAGAACAGCAGGAAGUUUUAACACCAUUAUUAUCUAAAGAUGGGACUGAGAAGAAGGAAUAUCCUGUUGAUCUCACUCUUCCUGAUAUCAAGAAUGGUAUAUUUGGUACUGAUGAAUUUAGAAUGUAUACAUUUAAGGUGAAGCCUUGCUCAAGGGCAUAUUCCCAUGAUUGGACAGAGUGCCCAUUUGUUCACCCUGGAGAGAAUGCAAGGCGGCGAGAUCCAAGGAAAUACCAUUAUAGCUGUGUCCCAUGCCCUGAGUUUCGAAAGGGGUCAUGCAGGCAGGGUGAUGCUUGUGAAUAUGCACAUGGUAUUUUUGAGUGCUGGCUUCACCCUGCUCAAUAUCGAACACGUCUUUGCAAAGAUGAGACAAAUUGCACAAGAAGGGUUUGUUUCUUUGCUCACAAGCCUGAAGAGCUUCGCCCCUUGUAUGCCUCAACAGGUUCGGCUGUGCCUUCACCAAGAUCCUUCUCAGCCAAUGGUUCAGCACUGGACAUGGGUUCUGUCAGUCCACUUGCCCUUGGUUCUCCACCUGUCUUGAUACCACCUACUUCCAUGACUCCCUCUGGGUCCUCAUCUCCUAUGGUUGGAUGGCCCAACCAGACUAGUGUUGUACCCCCUAUCUUGCAGCUUCCUAGUAGCAGGUUGAAAUCUGCUCUGAGUGCUAGAGAUAUGGAUGUAGACAUGGAGUUGCUUGGGCUUGACAGUCACCAUCGCCGGCAACAACAAUUGGUCAAUGAGAUUGGUUUCUCGUCACCUUCCGGUUGGAAUAAUGAUUUGUCCACUGCUUCAGCUUUUGCUGUCUCAGGUGAUCGAACUUUGGAGUUGAAUAGGCUUGGAGGAGUGAAGCCAACUAACCUUGAAGAUAUUUUUGGAUCUCAUGAUCCUACAAUUUUGCCUCAAUUGCAGGGACUCACAGUGGAUUCCACUGUAUCCCAGUUACAGUCUCAAACAGGGAUUCAGAUGUGCCAGAACAUAAACCAGAAGCUCCGCUCAAGCUACCCUACCAACUUCUCAUCUUCUCCUGUGAGGACAUCAUCUUUUGGAUUUGAUCCGUCUGGGGUAGCGGCAGCAGCAGUUUUGAAUUCAAGGUCUGCUGCCUUUGCAAAGCGGAGCCAGAGUUUCAUUGAACGAAAUGCUGUGAACCGUCAUACUGGUUUUUCUUCACCAACUUCUUCACCAACUAUAAUGCCUUCUAAUCUAUCAUAUUGGGGUUCCCCCGAUGGCAAAUUGGAAUGGGGUAUUCAAGGAGAAGAGCUUAAUAAACUGCGCAAGUCUGCUUCUUUUGGCAUUCGAAGCAAUGGCAGCAGUUUGGCAGCAGGUGCGGUAUCAAUGCCUGCAGCUCUUGAUGAGCCAGAUGUGUCGUGGGUUCAGUCCUUGGUAAAGGAUAACCCUCCCUUGAAUUCUGGGCACUUGGGUUUUGAGGAACAGCAGCAACAAUGCCAUCUUAAUACUGGAGGUUCAGAAAUGCUUCCAGCAUGGGUGGAGCAAUUGUACAUUGAGCAGGAGCAGAUGGUGGCUUAAAACAACAGUAGCCUACAGUUGGCUCCUAAAACAUUUUAACUAGUUAUUAUUUUUUCCAUUUUUUGAAUAUUUACUAGUUCCAACAUAUAUCUAGGAGGAAAGAAAUUGAAGAAAGGAAAUAAAAAAAGGAAAAAGGUCCGGGGAGAAAACAAAGAAGUUGGGCAGGAUGAUGGAUAUCUGCUCAUCGUGUUGUUAGUUAAUGAUGAAUGAUAGUUUCUUUUUCUAGUUAACUUGGUUCUGUCGUCACUGGAGUUGAUAUAUUCUUCUGAAGCAUGUUCUUGUGCUGAUGAGAGAAGGGCUGGUUGGUUAGUGCAAAGUACCUAAUUUUACUUUACUAGGUGGCCUAUUUGUUGGAUCACAUUUACUUUGUAGGUUUGUAUCCAUCACAUCUGCUAAAAAAAAGCUGUUGCAUUAAUUAGCGAAUAAAUAUGUUUCAAAUUUCAGUA